AUGUUAGCCUACAAGAAAAGACUACAGCGCACUGGUACACGACUCCAUUCGAAAACAACUUUUAAGAAAAUAAUUUGCUUGGAUCAUGCUGUUGGUGUCCUCAAAUACAUCGCCUGUGCUGAUGGACAGAAGCCGCUUAGAAGGGAUGGAGAUGGUCUUAGAGGUACACCUCAUUCUCAUUACGAUAGAAGAGCAUUCAAACAAGAUUUGUUACAUUCUAGACGAAAACAGUAUGGCUUAGUACGUACAGAAAUUUCAGAAUUAGCAUUUGAAGGUGUAAAAGACUUAGAAAAAUACACGUCUGAACACGAACUUUAUGAUAAAUCUACAUGCCGAAGGAAUAACGCGGAGGGAAGAAGCUAA